UAACCAUACUUGAACUGAAAGAUCUCAUUCAAGUGUGUAAAAGCGAACUGAAAAAAAAGAUGAUUCUCGGUGAACAUUGGGGACUGUGAGUUGAUGUUUGGUUCUUUUGUCGUGAUACUUGCUUGUUUUUUGCGAAAUGGCAGACUUUUGGACUCCGAAGCUGAAGAAAGCGAGCAGGAGGAAGAUGAUCUGGAACUACAAGACCGCAAAAAAUCGAAGAAGUCAAAAGCCGUAAGCGACAGCGAAGAGGAGGAUGAAGAUGAUGAUGAUUUGAUUCGAGAAGAACUCAAAGAUCUUAUCGAUGAUAAUCCCAUUGAUGACGAUGACGAUAGUGGUGGCGAUUCUGAUGCAUCUGAAAGUCAUACUAAACGGAAGAAAAGUGAUGAUGAAGAUGAACUCGAUGAUCGUCUGGAAGAAGAAGAUUAUGAUCUGAUAGAAGAAAACCUUGGCGUAAAAGUAGAACGAGUCUCUACAAGAAGGACAGGACAUUUUUGGUGUUGACUUUGAUUAUGAAGAAUUUGAAAAGUAUGACGAUGAUGAAUAUGAGGACGAAUCGGAGGUUGACGAAUACGAAGACGAACCCAACGAGGAACG